AUGCAGGUAAAGAAAACGUUGUAUUGGAGGGAGGGUGAGCCACCGCAUGGCGAGGAUGAGGCGACGACAGACACAUCUGAAGUGAUGCUGGAGCCUAUAUGGGGCUGCACGAUUUUGCAGUUGCGUCAGGCGGCGAGGGUUGCCGCGUCGCAUGGGUUUCGUUUGUUUCUUUUAAGUUAUGCUCGGCAGCGGCUUUUGGCAAAUGAAGGGUUGAUGGUGCGGGAAUUGGGCGGCUGGUGCCCUUUCGCGUUUCGCAGCUUUCAGCUGGAUGUACACACGACGAUGCCACGCGAUUCCUCGACGCACUUCUCCUCCAUCUCGCUUUUAGAGGAGGCACAGCGCGGGUUUGCCGCCCAAGCUGGGGUGGAUGCCGGCACGCAGGGUCGUUCUGGCGCGGCUUCGGUUACAGAUGACUUCGAGGCCCCGGCAUGGGCGGAGUGCGCCUUUCCCUUUGCUGUUGCGGAGGCGAUUGUGGAUGUGAAGCGGGAUGCGCUUGUGCCAUGGGCGCAGGUUUGUGAUAACCCACUCACCGCCUGCUUGUUCGCGGCACUCUACGAUCGGCGGCAUUUUUGUGUGAUGGAUGCGGUGCUGUACGCCUCCCAACGUGUGGUCCUGCCGUUCCUUCUUGGACUCCCCUCGACGGCGGGCCCAUUGUCAUUGGAAGCGACUACAGGAACUGGCGGCGGUGCUGGCACUGCGACAUCGGUGGGGUUGAUGCGGUGGUCGGAGAUCCAUGCGGUGUUGCGGUGGCGUUUUUUUGAGCUGCCCUUUGGCUCCCUCUCGCAGCUAGUGCGGACGGAGGAUGUCGCCGCGGUGGGCGGCGGCCUCGAUCCAUUUAUUCUUCCCCUUCAUGACACUUUUGUGACACGGGUCCUGAUGCCACGCAUGACGGAUUACUACCACGCCACUUGCCGGGCUGCGGGAGCCUCAUCGCGCAUGGGUGCACCGACACCAGGGGACAAGUGCGCCCACGUGACUCCGUCAGCGCCGGCCACUGUUACGGUUGACAUACUCAGCUGCUUCAACGGCCUGGUGGGCAGGCGGGGCCACAGGGGCGUCGGCAGCUCCGACGCAGGUGCAAAUGACGACGAUGGCGGCGGUGCUGUCAAGCAGCAGAAUAACAAAAACGGGCGAACACCAAAGGCGAUGGUGGAUGCGCCCAACUUCGAUAGCAGGCGCGGCGACGUCCACUUCAUGCUCUCUGACUUACCAAGCCUCGUGAAGUACUUGCUGUACUUCCACCAGCACUUUGAGGUUCAAGACGGAGGCACGGCUGUGACAUUCACCCCCCACGAGGGCUAG